AUGAGCUCUUCUCAGAGGAUUCUAAUUGCUUACUAUUCACAAACUGGUACAACAAAAUCUGUUGCAGAUAUCAUCCAUAAGGUUAUAGGUGGAGAUAUUUUUGAGAUUAGAUCUAGGACGAGUAAUAUAGACUCUUAUAAUGAUUUAGUUGAAGCUUUCAAAAGAGAACGAGAUCAAAAUGCACGUCCAGAUCUUUUGGAUGAGCUUACAAAUCCAGAUGAUUACGAUGUCAUCAUUUUAGGAAAUCCUUGUUGGGGUGAGCUUUUUCCGAAUGCAACUUUCACAUUUUUGGAGAAGUAUAAAUUUGAGAAUAAGACAAUAUUGCCAUUUGAUACACAUAUGGGAAGUGGCUUAGGCAGUAUUGUUAAUGAAAUUAAGAAACUUUGUCCAAAAGCAAUAGUUAAAGAUGGAUUAGCGAUUAGAAAUACCAGAUGCCGAAAUUGUCGUACUGAUGUUGAAAAAUGGCUCCAUAAAAAUGGAAUAAUUUAG